CCAAACAGCCCAGAAGACCAGCAGCAUUGGCAAUAUUCACCAUGGCUAGGCUCAGCACUUUCCUAAUGGUCCUGGCAGUGAUGAGCUACUGGUCAACCUGCCCUCUAGGAUGUGACCUGCCUCAGACUCAUAACCUCAGGAACAAGAGAGCCUUGACACUCCUGGUACAAAUGAGGAGACUCUCCCCUCUCUCCUGCCUGAAGGACAGGAAGGACUUCGGAUUCCCCCAGGAGAAGGUGGAUGCCCAGCAGAUCCAGGAGGCUCAAGCCAUCCCUGUCCUGACUGAGCUGACCCAGCAGAUGCUGACCCUCUUCACAUCAAAGGCUUCAUCUGCUGCUUGGAAUGCAACCCUACUAGACUCAUUCUGCAAUGACCUCCACCAGCAACUCAAUGACCUGAAAACCUGUCUGAUGCAGGAGGUGGGGGUGCAGGAAUCUCCCCUGACCCAGGAAGACUCCCUGCUGGCUGUGAGGAAAUACUUCCACAGCAUCACUGUGUACCUGAGAGAGAAGAAACACAGCCCCUGUGCCUGGGAAGUGGUCAGAGCAGAAGUCUGGAGAGCCCUGUCUUCCUCAGCCAAGUUGCUGGCAAGUCUGAGUGAGGAGAAGGAGUGAGUCUGAGACCCAGUGGAGAGAAUCUCCUGGACUAGGACACUGCACCUCUCUGCCCA